AUGCGUAGGCCAAUAUCCACUCCUAGUAAACAAACAAAAAACAGUUCCAUUCAGAAAGUGCCCAGCGCUAUUGUAAGUGCAUCCGAAGAGAAACAACAAUGCCAGAAAAAAUCCAUAGUUACUCCAGUGCAUAGCCCAACCAUGAGACAGUCUGAAGCUAUCCAUGUAGAAUCGUCACCCAAUGAAACUGAGCAGAACACACCGGCUAGUUUAUGCAAGCUGUACGACGUUUCGCCGCCAAAACUAGUCGGUUUAUCGGAAGACGAGCCGGGCUCAUCCCUAAAAACCGAUUCGGAUUGUGUUUCUAAAAACAUGGCAAUACGAAAUUCCGCUUUUCUCUCACUUCCUCCACCAGCAAUGUCAUCUUCGUCAUCAUAUUCCUGCACAAAUGAUCCCUCUAUCAAGAAUUCAAUGCAUCCGCCCAAAGUAACUACAACUCUGGUGGCAUCUACCAAACCAAGACCAGAUCCAUUCACUGUAGGUGAUGGGAAUCUGGAAUCGCUAUCUUCAUUGGAUCUUCAAAAAAGUCUGCUGCAGGAACAUUUCGUUGCCUCCUUCGCAUUGAAUGAGAAAGAGCACUCAUUAUGCUCGUUGAACGACAAGUACCAACAUCGUUCGAUUCUACGGGACCCGGGUACAAGCAAAACCUUCGACUACGCAAACGACGCCGUCCUUUCACGAACCAGUUCUAUUCCUACGCGGUUGGUGAUAAAAACAUUCACAAAUCGGAAUUUCAAAUGUAUUUUCGAAAACUUAUCAUCAAUUGAAUACGGUUUUGAUCCAGUUCCCGAUCAAGCUCAUUCGUGUCACACCGCCCCCAGUCGUAUCCUCGCAGUUUACUCCGAAUGCGAGACUCAAGGUAAGCAUGUGAACUUCAAAUUGGUCCAAAAUCCAGUCCUAUCUACGCCUCUGUGUAUUGCAACUAAGGAGAAUACAAAGGUUUCCGGAAAUAUCUCAUUAGAUCCCAGAGAAAGAAGUGGGUCUGGAACCAGUGAGUUGAAGUUCCAACUGAAUUGGUGCUUUGAUCAUAAACCGUAUCGACAAACAACUAAUGCAGUUUUACAAUCUAUCCCGAAGAAGUCGACGAAUGGGGACGAUAGUAGUGAACCGGAUAUGGAAUGUCCAAUGCGGUCUUGGUUGGGGCGUUUACACAAUCAAAGGCGAGAUCACAAGGUGUUUACUUCCCAAGCAAAUGUGUGCGAUGGUCAAAACAAAGAAGCGGGUGAUAAGGUUUGUGGAGACUUAUCCUAUUUUAAAGAGUUGAAGUUGAUUGAUUUCAACCCUAUCAAAAUAACACUUGACGGUAAUCAGUUACAUUCUCAUUGUAAUUUUAGACAAAUCCCACGCGAAUCCCACGAGCCAUGUGAAAAAAAAGAUGAUAAACUCCAGCAGAGGUCUCGAAAAAGUGGUGUGACCGAGUCACAUAACGACUACAAUGAACCAGAAAGUCAAGAAUCCUCAAAACUAUCCCCAAGUCUUUCCCACUCUAGUCAUCUCUCUCCAAAUGUCCGCCGAUGGAGCUGGCACUCACAUGGUGCUCGAAGAGGACAAGAUAACUCCGGGAAUCUUGCAGAGCAUACAGAGCAACCGAGUGCUCACAAUUAUUCUUAUCGAUCACCUGGACGUUCAAACGACAUAAGUCCUGUGCACCUGGAUAUACAAGCCUAUGACGAUCGAACAGAAGUCGCGGUGCAACUGUUACCCGAAAAUGGAAGACCGGAAUUUGGGAUGAAUGGACCGGAACUAGCACAACGGCCCGAUUUGGCUAACGUAGAUGUGAUUGUUCGUGCCUCCUUAAUCCGACAACCCCGCUCGGUAGCCGACCCCGUCGGAAGUCAACAGGAUCAGACUCGAGGACACUCGCUGAAUGUUGCCAGCGGGACUUUUCAUGGAGUUGUUGGGCGGCGCAGUGCAACACCAUUAUCCAUAACUUUGCCAGUUUCUGAAAGGACCGGUAGAAAUUCAACUUCUUCAAUGCAUGAACGUAAAGACUUGGACCAGCACUCAAUGAAUAGUAAGAACACAAUUCCGAUCUCACAGACGACAAUUAACAAACAGUCAAUAUCUGCAGCAACGCCAAGAAUAUCAACGGCUCAAAGCAUACCACCGCAUGCAUACAUCCAAGAGGUAUUUGUCGAGGUUGGAAGUAAUCCAAACUACCCAGGUACCACGAAUCAACCAGAUCGUUUGAGUUCUAUACAUGUUAGAUCACCCAGUCAACUGCGAUUUAGUCUUCGUCGGUUAGUUCCAUAUGAUGUCCCUGGUGCACCAAACUCCCCGAUGCACCCAACUACAGAGUCUGAAAUUGGCGAAGGGUUUUCUAUCUUCUCCGGUCCCGAUGUAUGGACUUCUCAUCCAGAUCCACAGAUGGCUUAUGAAGUCAUCCUGGAACAUCAAACCACCGACGGACAACAUAUUCCAAUCAGUCCUAAUUACGAGACAGAAUCACAACAGAUGAUGAAACCAGAAACAGGCAACUUAGAUAAGCCUAAUAAAACACAUUUAUCUGUGGAAAAUGGCCUGCGUGUGCCCCCGUUGCAAAGCACUGCCGUCGAUGAGCCAAACAGCGUUGACACCUCGUUUCUUUCAAGUCAUAUGUCGCACUCGGAUCAGAUAUCGAGUCAUUCAGCCGAAUCAGUUAUUGCCACAAAUGAUCAACGACCGGAACUGAACAUUGAUUGUUUGAAGAGUUUGGAUAGCCCGCAGCAUGGACAGGCAGCAGAGCAAGUGGUCGAUUUCCUUAUAUUACGUUGUUUGGAGUAUGUGUUACGCGUAUCACCAAAGUGGUUGGAACGGCGCACGAUGUUUGCCGAGGCGGGUAGUGAGUAA